UAAUUUGCUUAAAUGCUUACUGCACUACCACAGCAGUUUUCAAAAUAAAUUGGUAUAUUUUUGUAAAAGUUUUAAAAUUUUAAAAAUCAAUUUCAAUUACAUUUUAAUAAUUUAACUUCUGUUUAAAAAAAAUCGUUUUAUCAUUGUUUAAUAUUAAUAUAAAAUUUUUGGGUCUUAUACUAUGUCAACUUAAAAUAUAUACAGUUUAGUGUGCCUAUUAAAACUAGUUUCAAUCUAAUAAACAAAAAUUUCACGAAUAUGCCACUGGAAAAUAGUGUUUCUGGAAAAUCAAUAGUUAAACCGUCCAAACAACGAAGCUCUCGCUUAAGCUCUUUAGCUGAGGACUUAAUUGCCGAUGAAGGACCACCUUUUAGAGCUAGACUUCACAUACUAUUUUCGCAAAUUGAAAAAGAAUUCGAAUUGCUUUAUAUAGAGAAUCUCAAUCUUCAGGAGAAACUUGAAUCACUUGGUGCUGCAGGCGCAGUAUCUACUGGGGGAACAAAUUCGGCAGUUGAUCGUUCAACAACUUAUCAAGAUGUAGCUGACACAGAUGGUGUCAGUAAUAUAGCCAGCAAAAGCUUAAAAGCUAAACUGUCCGCAACAGGAGGAAAAGUGAAAGCUAGUCAUAAAAUACGUGCCCAAACAAGUAAAAUUGUUUCUAGUUUUAAAGCACAAUCAGCAGUCAGUUCUAUGGUAAGAGAAUUUAAUGGUCAUAAGGACGGUGUUUGGCAAGUUGCUACUAAAAUAGGGCAACCAAUUAUUGGAACAGCGAGUGCUGAUCAUACAGCUUGCAUUUGGGGAAUCGAAAGUGCCCGUUGUUUGUUACAAUAUCAAGGACACGGUGGUUCAGUGAAUUCUAUCAAAUUUCAUCCACAUAAAGAUUUAGUGCUUACUGCAAGUGGUGAUGGCUCUGCACAUAUUUGGCAAGCAGCGGUCAAUUGGGAUGUUUCAACAAGAAAAGGCCAUUCUUCGGAAGAAGAACUCGAAGAUAGCGAUGAACAAGUUGAAGAUCGAGAACGUUUGGAUGUUCUUCGAACACCUUUAUGUGAAUUUUCAGGACCAGGUGGACACACAUCUGUAGUUGUUGCAGCCGAUUGGUUGUCAACAUCAGAUCAAAUAAUUACAGGAAGCUGGGAUCGAACCGCUAUUUUAUGGGAUGUUGAAACGAAGGAACCAUUACAACCUUUAACAGGCCAUGACCAUGAAUUAACACAUGUUUCGGCUCAUGGCUCACAACGACUUGUUGUUACAGCCUCUAGAGAUUCCACAUUUAGAUUAUGGGAUUUUAGAGAUGCAAUUCCUGCAGUUUCGGUAUUCCAAGGGCAUACUGAGAGUGUAACAUCUACAGUAUUCACUCGUGAUGAUAAAGUAGUUUCAGGGUCAGAUGAUCGUACUGUUAAAGUGUGGGAGCUUCGAAAUAUGCGUUCAGCAUUAGAAACAAUUCGUACCGAUGCUGCUGUUAAUCGUCUAGCAGUUUCAGCGAAUGGUGUGAUAGCUAUACCACAUGAUAAUCGACAAAUAAGGCUUUAUGAUCUAAAUGGUCAAAGAAUAGCUAGAUUACCAAGAACAAGUAGACAAGGACACCGUCGUAUGGUAUCUUCAGUUUCGUGGGCCGAUGAUUCGUGUGUGUCUUCUAAUUGUAAUUUAUUUUCAUGCGGUUUUGAUCGCCGUGUUUUAGGAUGGUCUAUUAGCUUACCAAAAGAAACCUAAACAAUCAAUAACAAAAAGUUUAAAGAAAAAUGCAAAAAAUUAAUAACUUAAAAAAGCAAAAUAUGUAUUUACAAAUUUCUGUUUUUUUAAAGUAAUUAUGUUUUUAUGUUAUCAUUGUUAUUAAUAUCUAUUUAAUUUUUAAUGAGUCUUGUUAAGUUAUCUAGAAGUCAGUGUGUAUUGAAAAA